CCGCAAUUUAGUUUAAAAAAAAAUAUAUCAUCUUCCAUCUUUCUCGUUGUGGCUCUGGCGCUCUGCGUUCAUUUCUAGAAGAAACACAAGGAAACGCUUUGUUUGGAAUUAAGCAUGGCAGCGUUUGAAGGAGGAGGGACAUUAUCGGAAGUCUAUCAAAGCGCAAGAAAGGUACUUCUUCGAGCAAGGGAUGGGAUCGAACGCUUAGAGAGGCUCGAGAGCUCCGUCUCCGGCGGUGGAGGACUCGACUCUCCAGAACUCUCUUUCGCCGUCAAAAAAGAUAUCUCUCAGAUCCGCUCCCUUUGCGCCGAUAUGGAUCGCCUCUGGCGUUCCGUCGCCGCCAAAUCGCAACGCGAUCUCUGGAAAAGAAAAGUGGAACAAGUGGCUGAAGAGGCUGACUCUUUGAAAGAUAGUCUGGACAAGUAUUCUAUGAGGAAUCAGAGACGAAUGUUGGAAGCAAAAGAGAGAGCUGAAUUGCUUGGAAGAGCUAAUGGUGAGUCAGCACAUGUCUUGAGAAUUUUCGAUGAGGAAGCACAAGCAAUGCAAUCGGUUCGAAACUCGUCAAGGAUGUUACAAGAAUCUUUUGCAACAGGAACAGCCAUCCUUUCCAAAUAUGCAGAACAAAGAGAACGCCUCAAGAGAGCACAACGAAAGGCUUUGGAUGUACUUAACACAGUGGGGCUCUCCAACUCCGUCUUGAGGCUUAUCGAGAGGAGGAACCGUGUUGAUACAUGGAUCAAAUAUGUGGGGAUGGUUUUGACAGUCAUCAUUUUAUAUUUCUUCUGGAAGUGGACCCGCUGACUCGCAUUCACUUCCUCCUUACAUAGUACAAACACCUUUGUUUUCUGGAUCUCUUAUCAUGUUAAGAAGGCAAAAUAAUACAAGUUUGGACGUGAAGAGCUUUGAUAAGAACAGAUGACACAAAGGACUUUGCCAUUUUAAACUUGCAUCGAACAGGUAGUUGUUGGUUCUUACAAUUUGUACACGCCUAAAAGACGAGUUACGAAUAUGUGAAAAGAGUUCGUAGAAUAGAUGACCAAAGUUAUUACAGCUUGCUUGGUCACUUUGUAUGGAUGCUUGAUAUGACUCAGGAUUGUAUAUUGUUAACUUUUAGCAAAAAGUUCAUAUGAAUUUGACAAAAUUAGAAAAAAAAACGUGUUUAAUGUUAUAUGA